CCACAUGCAUGCCAGGGCACGGUGCACGGCGAUGGCGACUGAUGGUGACUCAAGACUAGCUGUAGACCAGUCGUGAGUCGUGAGUGCAUGCCAGUCACACUCGCGGCAUUGGUGAUGGGUGACCCAAUUCAUCUGCCUUACAAGCUCCACCGCACCGAUCGACAGCACCGGUCAGCAGCUCGCGAGGAUGUCUCUGCUUCGCGUUUCUUCGAGCUCCAAGCGCUCCGCGCUUGCGCUUAUCCAGACCUACCGAAGCUUCUGCACCACACCCGUGCGCAAGGUGGAGCCUUCAGCUCAAAAGGAUCCUCAGUUGGGCGAUUACCCGGAUUUCGAGCCCGUCAGCAGGCAGUGGAGGAGGUGGAAUCCCAAGUGGUGGGAUCAGCAAGAGAAGCGUAACUUUGGAGAGACUCUGCACGAGUCCGACGACACGCUGUCCGUUUGGGCACCCGACGUUCACAAGAUCAGUGGUCCGUCCGCUCUUUUCCAAUUCAGCAUCGCUGCAGCAUGCAUGGGAGCAUUCGCAGGGUUGGUGUACCUCACAUAUCCCGAGAAACCUGCUAUUCCUAGAGUCUAUCCCGAUGGUGGUCUAGUCAAGGCGCUGGGAGAGGGUCGAAAGAGGGCACCCAUCGAGAGCGACUUCAUCAAAGAGGACGAGGAAGAGGAAGAGUAAUCACUUCACACCUGCCUUCUUUGGCAAUGCAUGAGCACAGAUCCGCCCUUUGUUGAGCGCAUCAAGAUGAGCUUGCCUGGGUUUGAACGUCUAUUGCAAUCCUAGAAAUUUACAGUCUUGUAUAUGGUACAGAAAGGUAAAGGCGGGGCAUUCGUAGCCUCUGGCUUGGGCCUUCACAAUCGAGAUCUUGGGAAUGGUCUUUGCAUCAAUGGCAGCGAUGCAAGAGGG